AGGGCCUGGCCAGAGAGGCUUCAGGCAGAGAAGGCAAGACUAUGGCUUCUGCGGCAGCAGCAACAACAGAGAAGGGGUCUCCAGUUGUGGUGGGUCUGCUGGUCGUGGGAAACAUCAUCAUUCUGCUGUCAGGCCUGGCCCUGUUUGCUGAAACGGUGUGGGUGACCGCCGACCAGUACCGCGUGUACCCACUGAUGGGCGUCUCGGGCAAGGAUGACGUCUUCGCCGGUGCCUGGAUCGCCAUCUUCUGCGGCUUCUCCUUCUUCGUGGUGGCCAGCUUUGGUGUGGGCGCAGCGCUCUGCCGCCGCCGGUCCAUGAUGCUCACGUACCUGGCGCUCAUGCUCACCGUCUACAUCUUUGAGUGCGCCUCCUGCAUCACGUCCUACACCCACCGAGACUACAUGGUGUCCAACCCAUCCCUGAUCACCAAGCAGAUGCUGACCUUCUACAGUGCAGACUCGGACCAGGGCCGGGAACUCACCCGCCUCUGGGAUCGCAUCAUGAUUGAGCAAGAGUGCUGUGGCACGUCAGGUCCCACGGACUGGGUGAACUUCACAUCAGCCUUCCGGGCCACCACCCCAGAGGUGGUGUUCCCCUGGCCCCCGCUGUGCUGUCGACGGACUGGCAACUUCAUCCCCCUCAGUGAAGAAGGCUGCCGCCUGGGCCACUUGGACUACCUGUUCACCAAGGGCUGCUUCGAACACAUUGGCCACGCCAUCGACAGCUACACGUGGGGCAUCUCAUGGUUUGGGUUUGCCAUCCUGAUGUGGACGCUUCCUGUGAUGCUGAUGGCCAUGUAUUUCUACACCACGUUGUGAGGAACAAGAAGGGAAGUCCUCGUGCACACCCGGCUCCUCCUCCUGCUCCCUCCCGCUGAGAUGCCCGCCUCACCUCUCCCUUUCCCACCUCCUCCACCCUUCCCUCUCUCCACUCCAAAGAUGUCUUACCAGGUUUCUGAGCCCUGCUGGGAGUCGGGGUGCCCUGAAACCCCUGGACAUGUGUGCACGGACCCUUAGACCUUAACCCCAUCUCACUUGGCUGAUUCCUGGCCCAUCUUUCAGUGUCAACUUAAAGUCCUGUCCUGGGAGGGGGGGUGGGCCCUUCCCUGAUCUUACCACCCCAUUCGCGGAUGCCUCUCUUGUAGCUCCCUGAGUUCCUCCUUCAUGCUGGAUGUCGUCAUCAUCACUGAAUAGUUUGUGAUUGUCUAUUUAAGCUCUGGUAGACUGGGACUGCCAUGAGGGGAGGGACAAGUUCUGUUAUGGGUACUUUAAUAUCCCCAGUAUUGCCCAGCACAGGGCUGAGCAUGGAUAUUCAAUAAAUACUGCUUGAAUGA